AUGGAUUUGAUUUAUAUUCCUGAAGACUUAUCCAGUUGUCCAAAGUUUGGAAAUAAAUCAUGCCCUCCCACCAACCGUCCUUUUCAUGUUCGAGUGAUAAUGUAUUCGGUGAUGACUGGAGCCAUGGUUAUCACUAUCUUUGGAAACUUGGUUAUAAUGAUUUCCAUAUCACAUUUCAAGCAGCUUCACUCUCCCACAAAUUUUCUGAUCCUCUCCAUGGCAACCACAGACUUUCUGCUGGGUUUUGUCAUUAUGCCAUACAGCAUGGUGCGGUCAGUGGAGAGCUGCUGGUAUUUUGGGGAUGGCUUUUGUAAAUUCCACGCAAGCUUUGACAUGAUGCUAAGCCUGACCUCCAUUUUCCAUCUCUGCUCCAUUGCUAUCGAUCGAUUUUACGCUGUGUGUUACCCUUUACAUUACACUACCACAAUGACAGCCUCUGCCAUAAAGCGACUGCUGGCAUUUUGCUGGUCCGCCCCAGCUCUUUUCUCUUUCGCUUUAGUUUUAUCUGAGGCCAAUGUUUCUGGUAUGCAGAGCUAUGAGAUUCUAGUUGCUUGCUUCAAUUUCUGUGCACUUACUUUCAACAAAUUUUGGGGGACGAUAUUGUUCACGACGUGUUUCUUUACUCCAGGCUCCAUCAUGGUUGGUAUUUACGGGAAAAUAUUUAUCGUUUCCAAAAGACAUGCUCGAGUCAUCAGCAAUAUGCCUGAAAACGCAAAAGGGGAAGUGAAAAGAAACCUAUCUAAGAAAAAGGACAGAAAAGCAGCUAAGACCCUCGGCAUAGUGAUGGGCGUAUUUCUAGCUUGCUGGUUGCCCUGUUUUCUUGCUGUUUUGAUCGACCCUUAUUUAGGCUACUCCACUCCCAUAAUAGUACUCGAUCUUUUAGUGUGGCUGGGCUAUUUCAACUCAACGUGCAACCCUCUCAUUCACGGCUUUUUUUAUCCUUGGUUUCGAAAUGCUCUUAAGUACAUAGUGUCAGGAAAAAUAUUUAGCUCUCAUUCGGGAACUGCAAAUCUGUUUCCCGAAGCACAUUAG